AUGCGCUUCAAGUACGCCUGGUCAACCAUAGUCAACGACAGAUACCAGGACUGGACACAAAACCCCGAUCAAGAUCCCCAAUUCGAGUUCAGAGCCUGUUCCGGCGCCCAUUUGGGAAAGAACAUCCACGACCAAAUGGACAAGUUGACACGACCGAAGAUGACCAUGCUCGAAGCCGGCGGGAAUAAUGCCGAUUUCUACCCCAUGGCCGACAGCUGCCUCUUCCAUACCGACCCGAGAGUAGACUAUGGGACUCAUUACGAAGACGACGAUGCUGACAGCCCGACGGGAUUGUGCAGGAAGGAGAUCAAGCUAGUACGAGGAAGAGUCGGAGACAACCUCAAGCAGGCCGUUAUAGAUACUAUCGAUAUCUGGAGGGCCCACCCUGCUGUCAGCGGCAACGACGCAACACUCUUCAUGCUAGGAUAUGCGCGCUUCUUCGCGCUUGACGACGCGUGCAACGACUGGGAUUUUGGCAGACAGUUCCAAUUCCCAUGGAAUGCACAGAAGGUCGUAAAAGAAAUGCGACAAGAGUUUAAUGAUCUGGUCGACGCGGUGAACCUCGCGAUCCGCUCCGCCGUCGAACAAUACAACGAUCCGAAGAUUCGAUACAUCGACAUCAACCCCGCCCUGGAAGGCCACCGAUUCUGCGAAAAAGGUCACAGCCUCAGGGUGCAGCUCGACCCUAACAGCACCGAGGUGCAUAUCUUUAACAACCCCAUCCGGCGGAGUAUCACCAUCCACGACGGCGAGAGCGUUACCACAUACGAGCCCAGCGACAACCUAGACGCCCCCGGCCCACCCGAGGAUAUCCUUGAGAAGCUACGCGGAUACCCCGAGGGCGAAUCCGUGCAACAAGACGAAUACACGAUAACUACCUUUCGCAACCCCGAGGAACCAAACCUGAGCAUGGAGGUGAAGGUUGAGCCGCAGCCUCUGAAUGGUGGUAGUGGGAGCGGGAAUUUCAAUGGGUAUAUAGCGCGGACGUUGCAUCCGAAACAGGAUGGACACAAGGAGAUUGGCGAUGUGAUUGUCGGGGCGCUCAAGAAGAAUUAUAGACCUGAUGAGUCGGCUCCUGAGCCGCCGAUGAACCCAUCGAAGCCGACACAGCCGCCGCAGCCGGAAACUACGGUGCCUGGGUUUAAUUGUCCGAGCGGAUGUACUUGUAAUUCUGGGGUUCCGCUUUGUUUCUAG